CGAACACAACGACGACAAUUGCAAAUAUUCCACUGUCCGCAGGCACACCCUCAGUAUGGCAUCAACGACCGCUGUCCUCAGCAACACUCUCUCUGGCCUUCUUGUCCGGAGAAGCGCAACCACAUUCUCCACAGCCAUUCAAUCAUGGUCUUCACGGCCCAUCCUCUCCGCAUCCAUCGCGAUUCCCUCAAUCGCCAUUAACAUCCCCGGUCUCGUUUCAGAUAUAUGGGAAGGGAUACUGAAAGCAGUCCCCAAAAAGAAGACAUCACACAUGAAGAAGAGACACCGACAAUUGGCAGGAAAGGCUUUGAAGGAUGUGAAAGCAGUCAAUGAGUGCCCUGGUUGUGGACGACCGAAGAAAGCUCAUACGUUAUGUCCAUAUUGUGUUGCUGAGAUAUAUGACAGCUGGAAUACUCGAGACGCCCAAGAAAAAGAAAUGGCCACGCAGAGUAAAUCAUAAGAACGUCCGGUCCUCGACCCGACCAAAGGAGAAGACUUUGUGGAUGAUACCCAUCUCUUCGGUGACGAGCGCCAUACCGGUCUUUCGGCGGAGAAUGUAGGAUAGGAAAAUCCUCAGUUCCGCCGCCCUCUCCUACGGCGCAUUCAAUAUCUGCAGUGAUCAUCGACGACCCAUUGAUGUAUUCAAAUACUUUCCAAGACGGGAAUUAGGCCAUUGUGUCAUACCUGGGACAGAUUGUUUGUAGCAAGUGGCAACACAGUCGAGCGACCUGACCAGGUUUUGGGAGAAACUCGAGCAGAAAGAGUUCAGGCAAGGCCCGCUGUAGCAACCGGAUGUUGCAGUAGAAGGAACCAUAAUCUAUAUUGGCCCAGGAGACUUCAUAUCCUGAAGCCAAAUACCUCUGAGGCGAAUUGCUAGAGGUCAAGUCACUCGCGAGCGGAUGACAACGAUAAACAUGUACAAAUACAAUGUUCUGUGUAAUUUAGGUCAACUUUCACGACAAAUACCAAAGCAAUUGCUUUUUAAUAA